AUGGCGAAUAUUGAUGCGUUAGAAGUGAUUCAAUAUAUCGAAUAUGCUCGGCUACUUACUAUACAUGAAUCUUAUGCUAAAGCUUUUGAUAUGUAUUUGAAUGCUUUUGAAAAGUUUCCAGGUGUGAAAGACCUCUACGAAGAUGAAUUUCGUAUAGUUAUCAAAAAAUUUAAUGAUGUAUUAGUAAGCGCCGACAAAAUACAAGAUAUAUUUUCUAAUUUUUCGCGUGCUAUAUCUGUAUUUUCAGAAAAUGUGUACCUGUUGAAUGAACUAGGAAAGUAUCUUUACAAGUUUGGUUACUAUUCUGAUGCAUGGCUUCAGUUUCAAAGAGCUUUAAAAGUCGAUGCGGGUUUUGUUAAUGCAGAAAAGAAUUUAAAUUCUGUAAAGAAUUUGCUUGUUGAAAGAUGGCACUUCCGAAUGUUAAAUGAUGUUAUACGAAAUGAAACUUACAGGGCAGCGAUACAUGAUGUUAUUAGACCAACAGAGGACAGUAUAUUGGAUAUCGGUUGUGGUACUGGCCUGCUGUCUCUAUAUGCAAAUGAAUGUAAUCCAAAAGCCAUAGCAGUAUGUGACAGCUCUGAAGUAAUGGCUAAUAUAGCUAAUACAGUUUUUAAUGAUUAUGCUCUAGAUCAGUUGAUAAUUCUCAAUAAAAAUUCAACAAUGUUACAUGAUACUGAUAUUGGUGGCAAAUGCAGUGUCCUUAUCACAGAGUUAUUCGAUGCUGGGCUCUUUGGAGAACACAUUUUAACAACUUUACAUCAUGCAUGGACAAAUCUGCUACUUGAAAAUGCAAAGGUUUUACCAUCUUCUGCUGAGUUUUUUGUUAUUGGUGUUCAAUGCAAUGAGCUUAUUAACAAAUAUCAACUUUGUAAAGUUACUAAGGAUAUCUUGAAGGUUCCCUUUUUAAAUACACAUAUUUUACUUAAUGAUGAAUCAUAUGACUGUGAAGAUAUUCAGUCUUAUAAAACAUUGAAAUAUAUAACAGAACCAAAGUCAGUUACAACUAUUGAUUUUAAUGAUAUUAACAACAUAGAAGAUAAGUUAAAUAAUUCAGAGCCAACCAUUGUGCAAAUGACUGUCACACAAGAUGGAGAGAUAAACAGUUUUAUUGGAUGGUUUAGCUUAAAUUUGACACAAAAAUAUAAAUUGUCUACAGAUCCACAGUCAACCACAAGAGCAAAAGCUUGGCAAAAUGCAAUAUUCUUUGAUAAAAUACCUCAAAGAGUAAAAAAAGAUGAGAGGUUUGUAUGUAAAUUUUCUUCGCAGUCUGGGAAAAUGACUCUGCUUCCAGAGACUAAUAUAACGAUUACUAGGGUUUCGCCAGAUGUGAUUCGAUUUUUAAAUGAUUUGGAAUACUUAAAAAAAAUUACUAGCUGUUUGGGUCUAGCUUGUGUAUAUUUAGGACAAAUGACAGAAAUGUCUGAUAUGAGCAUAGUAGAUUUGUGCCCAUUCCCAUUUUUUGGCAUGCAGAUGCUCAAAAGAGGGAUUAAAUCCAUUGUUUGCUGUGCAAAAACUGAAUUUGAUAAAAGUUUUAUGGAUGAAGUUUUUAAAGCUAAUGAUAUUGAACUGUCAAAAAUAUCAUAUUUGAUUGGUGAUGGCUGGAAUCAAGACAGUUUUGGUGUUGAAAAAUAUCAUGCAGUCUUUUGUAAUAUGCUAGAAGUUGGCGGAGAUAUUGAUUUACGCUAUAAGGAUGUUGCUCUAUAUUUGAAGCAGACAAGGCUUUUGCCAGGAGGGCUCUUCUUACCAACUAAAAUUUCACUUAUUGCUCAGAUUGCUCGGUGUGAUUCUUUAGAUACUAAUAACCGACUAUAUGACAAGAAUAUUGGUGAUUUCAAGAUAUCUCAGCAUUUGAAUAAAUAUCAGUCUUCACAGAACUUUUGCCUUGAUUAUUCUCUUUUAGACUUUAUACCUCUUUCAGCACCAACUGAUUUAGGAGAAUGCAUGAAUAUGGCAUCUGAUGUAAUUAAUGUUGCCAUAAAAAAAACUGAAGAAGCAAACUGUAUACUUUGCUGGUAUAACAUAGAAUUGAUGGAGAGUUUAGGAGAGAUUUCUACAAAAAGGCCAAACUGCUUCAUUGAUGGCACAGCAUUUUUGGCAGAUCCUCAUAUUUUUAUGAGGCAGGGGGAUAUUGCUAAUAUUUUGCACUGUGUAGAUUCUGAUGGAUCAUUUAAAUUGACGCUGGAUGUGGAAGCCACAUAG